CACUCAUCCAAUUCUGCUCCUUAAUCCUCUCUCUCUCUCUCACUCAAUUUCUCUGUCUCUCUCUCUAAGGAAGCAGCAGCUGCUACCGCCGUCUUUAAUUAAGUUAUCAGCACAAACAAUGGAAGGAGAAGCUGCUGCCGCCGUCCUUCAAACUCUAGUUCAAAACCUCAUCGACCUUUGCAAGAAAGAGAUCUCUCAGAUCCGAGAUCUCCACAAAAAUGCAGCAAAGCUAGCUGGGAAUCUCGACAUGAUCAAAAAUUUCUUGAACGAUGCCGAGACGCGUACCAUCACCAGCGGUGCUAUCAAGAACUGGCUGAAGAAGCUUGAAGAUAUGGCGUUUGAUGCUGACAAUGUUUUGGAUGAGAUCAACUAUAAUAUUCUCUCCAAACAAAUCAAGCCCACUGAGCCCGAGGAUGAAAAGGUGCCAUCAUGCUUCUCACGCCUCUCAUGCUUCUCAUGCUGCAACAAUCUUUCACGUUCUCGAAAUAUGGCUCUUACAAUCAAAGAAAUCAAUGAGAAUUUGGAGUCCAUUAACAAAGAGGCCGCCAACCUUGGCCUCGUAGAGAAGCUUGCCAAUGAGCCCACUUUGGUUAUUGCUUCUUCGGAAACUGAUUCAUUCAGUGAUGAUCCAGUUUUUAUUGGAAGAGAUGGUGUUAAGUUGGAAAUAGUUGAGAUGCUUACCAAUAGCAUCACAAAUGAUGAACGCAAAGUUUCCAUUAUUUCCAUUGUCGGGAUGGGGGGACUGGGGAAGACGACAUUGACUAGGAAAGUCUUCAAUCAUCUCAAGGAUGAGACUCGGUUUGGAUCACAUAUUUGGGUGCAUGUUUCCCCACAUUUUGAUGCAAUGACUAUUUUGAAGAAAAUUCUCAAAGAGUUGACCGAUCAAGUUGAAGGUGAGAGUAAGCAAGAUAUUCUUUCAAAGCUUCAACAAGCUUUGAAAGAUAAAACUUAUCUUCUUGUACUUGAUGAUGUAUGGAAUGAAGAUCUUUCUAUAUGGGAAGAUUUUAUGAAAUCCUUAUUGGGAGUUAGUUGUGUCAAGGGAAAUGCCAUUGUUGUUACCACCAGAAGUAUGCAGGUUACUUCAAUUGUGAAACCAAUUCAUACACAUGAGUUGGAAGGCUUAUCAGUGGAAGAGUGUUGGUCGAUAAUCGAAGUAAAAACUUUUGGAGAAGGAAACGCUCCAUCAGAAUUUGAGACUAUUGGGAAAAGGAUUGCAAGAAAAUGUCAAGGUUUGCCAUUAGCUGCCAACGUAGUUGGGGGAAUACUGAGCAAUCAAUCUGAUGAGGAAAAAUGGCGUUCAAUAGAGGAGAAAUGGCUUUCAGCCGAUGAAGGAGGAGAUAAUAUCACAAAAAUAUUGAGAUUGAGCUUCGAUAAUUUGUCUUUGCCAUCACUUAAGAAGUGCUUUGCGUACUGUGCGAUGUUUCCUAAAGGCUCCAAAAUCAUCAAACAAGAACUGAUUGAGAUGUGGAUGGCAGAAGGUUUUCUUCAAGCUGAUGAAAGGGAUGACAUGGAGUCCGUGGGCGAAAAAUUUAUCAACGUUCUUCUUCACAACUCUUUACUGCAAGUAAUUUUAUGGAGAGAUGAUGAUGGAAAUGUAGAAGAGUGUGGCAUGCAUGAUCUUGUGCACGAUCUCGCUUGUUCUGUUUCAAGUUCCUCUAACAAUACAGGUGGUAGCAGCCGAGUUCGAUACAUGAUUGUCGGAGACAACUAUUGUGGAGACGAAUCAAGUGGAGACAAAUCAAAAGAAAUGGCAAAAUAUUUGCGAACAUUGUUAAUAUCAUUCAGUGGUAGUAGUUCUGGUAUCAACUUCUCAGACUUCGAAAGUUUGCAUGUUUUACGUCUUGAGUCUGGAUAUCAAGUUAAAGAGCUGCCAAGUUCGAUUCAAAAGUUGAUACAUUUGAGAGAUUUUGACAUUUCAAAGACAAGUAUUGAAGUUUUGCCGGAUUGGAUUGGUGAAUUCUUUCACUUGCAGACGUUGAGAGUAGACUCAUCAGAUUUCAGAAUUAGGAGAAAACUGCCAAGUACGAUUAAGUACUUGAUUAACUUGAGGCAUCUUUAUAUUGAUUACAAUGUAGAGUAUUUGCCUAUGGGAAUUGGGAGAUUAACUUCUCUCCAAACGCUAAAGUACUUUCCAGUGGGCGACGAGAAUGGCUGCAAAAUUGAAGAGCUCGGAAGUUUGAAUAAUCUUAAAGGAGAGCUAUGGAUUUGGAAUCUGGAAAGGGUUCAUGACAAGGAAGAGGCUUGGAAAGUCAAUUUAUUCAAAAAGUCAAAAAUAUUGACCUUGUGUUUGGAAUGGGAUAGAUAUGGCAGAAGAGAAGGUGAAAGAAAUGAUGAGGAUGUAUUGGAAGGCCUUCAACCUCACUCAGAUCUGAGGGAGUUAAAGAUUUCCAAUUACAAAGGCAAAAGAUUUCCAUUAUGGACUGAGAAGAUGUCAGUUCGAGAUGCGCCUCAAGGCUCUUGGGUGCUACUUAACAACUUAAUGUCAUUAUCACUCAUUUGCUGCAAUGAAUGUGAAGAGAUCCCAAUGUUGGUGCACUUGCCCAAUCUCAAGUCCCUUGUGUUGGGAGGAUGGAGCAAUUUGAAGAGUAUAAAUUCAUCAUUCUACGGAAUGGUGAACAAGGACACACGCAUUGUUUUUCCAGCUCUCAAGAGGUUGGAAUUGAAAUACAUGCCUAAGCUGGCAGAGUGGGCAGAAAUAGAAAUUUCGGAUGGAAGUGAAGUCAAGCUAUUUCCUCGCCUCCAAUGUUUGGAAAUUUAUGUUUGCCCGCAAUUGAUGAGUGUUCCAAGUCAUGUCUCGUCAUGUCUUGAAUAUUUGUCAAUUGAUGGAAUCGGUGUGGAAUGUCUGCCAGCUGAUUGGUUAUUGAGUAACAGCGAGACUCUCUCUUAUUUGGAAAUAAGUUCGUGCCCGAAUUUGAGAGAAAUAUCAGAUAGGUGGGGAGAAGAAGAAUCAGAAGGAAGAAGCUUCACAAUCACAUCCCUCCCUAUAUUCCCUCGUCUAAAAUUUUUGUAUAUUAGAGGCGUUCCUAAGUUGAGUUUGGAGACUGUGGAUGCAAUGCGGCGCCUCGAAGUUAAUGGAUACAAACGCAUUGACCAUGACGGUGAAGGUGAGUAUCAAAUAUCUUUUAUAGAAACAGUUGCAUGUGUAUUUCAUUUGAAAAAAUUCGACUUAUCAAAAAUUGAAGUAGCCUAGUAAAAUCUACUAUUAUCUUAUUCUAUGGAGUUUCUAAUUCAAUUGCUAUUAGUUUGGGGAUCGAGAUUUAGCGCACCACAUGUGUCACUUUCAAUUUUAUUUAUAUGUAUAUUUUUCUCUAAUUUCAACUUUGAAUGCAUUAGUUUAAUUUUAUGAUUAUUAAUUAGAGUUCAUUCCAUCUAAUUACGGUAUAUAAUUAUUUUUUAUCAUUUAAUUUCAUUUUUAUUUGUUAAUAAUAGGGUAUAUAUUUUUAUAAAAAAAAUAUUUUUUUUGAAAUAAUAAUUAAGAAUAAUUCAUAGUAUUACAAUUUAUUUUUAUAAAAAAUAUUAUUAAAAUAUAUAAGAAUGAAAUAUAGUGACAUACAUAAAAUUGUGGGGCUUAGUUUGGUGUUCCACUUCAUCUCAAUCUAUACUAAUAGAAAAAGAGCCUAAGGCAGUCUAAGGCACAACUUGUGGAUUGUCUAUUUUACCCAUAUUAUAUAUUUAUUAUUAUUAUAUAUAAAAUAUAAAUCUAUUUUGAUAUACAUUUAUUUAUCACCCAAAUCUAUAAAGAAUAUUUUAUAUCUAUAGCUAUUGAUAAGGCUUGUAAAUAAAUAUAUUCAUCCAAUAAAUUAUCUAAUAAAAGUAAUGAAUUAAUAGAUUUUUUUAAUAAUAUAUUAUAAAUUAAAAUAACAUUAAUUACAUGUACAAUAUACGAUCUUUCUGCUUGUAUGCUUAAACAUGCAAUAGGAGAUUAAUUAUUUUGAGUUUGUUUACACUUUUUUACAGCGA